AUGUCCCUCGUUCCUCCUGGUGGAACUGAUUCUCCGAGUCCACGGAGAGCCGUCAGUCCGCUUCUUGAGUCCAGGCGACCUCACUGUACUUUAGCUUGUGACUAUUGCGCUGCUAUUUUGGAAGAUAAAUUUAGACGAAAUGCUGACAUGCGGAAUCGCGGCACUUCCCCACUCUCUGUGUCACCGCGUCAGUCACUUACAGGGGAACCUCCUUGGACAUUACCUGAUGACGACCGACCCGAUUUUUCAGCUCUAAAGGAAAAUAUACAUAGAAUUAACAAGGACUGCGAAAACUUCAACACGGCUUGA